AUGCGAAAUACAGUGGUUAUCAGCGAUGAUUAUGCAUACGGCAAGCCACCUGUCGCUACUUCACUCGUUCGUACCUUAUUAUGUGGUGCUCCUCUGUUUUCGGAUCCGAAAUGCCGUCCUUUUGGUAACCUGAAGUCUACGCAAUUCUGCAACUACAUGCCAUUAUCAGCGCGUUUCAAGAGUGAUAAAAUUGGAACAUCAGUCCAAGAAUCUUCUGGAACAGCAAGCAGUAGUCAAAAGAAUCAGCCGUCUGUUUUGGUGAAGAUGCAUGAGGAUAAUUGCAGUGGUUACAGCAGCUCAACAAAGCAUUACCUUUCGAGCAGCAAACAAAAACGGAAUGAAUUUACGGUUGAGGUGGAUCAUCGACUAGCAACGGAUGACACUUUUCUAAGAAAAAAUGACUUCUAUGAAUUAGAUCACGUGCAACAAUAUUACGAAAAGCUCAUGUGUCAAUUAACUAUGAGUAAUUCAACUUUGAUGCGUGAAAAUCAAAGGUACCAAAUUCGAUUCGAGCAACUAAGGAUGCUUCUGGAAGAUCAUAUUGACCAAUUGAACAACAUAUAUUUCACUUUAUUUUUGAAUGGAUUCAAUGCUAUUCAAUUUCCUGAUGGUCAAAUGGUAAAUUUAGCGGGAUUUCAAGGCACAAAAUUGAAAUUAAUUCCACGUACAAACAUGUUACCAGCUGACGUUUCGUCAACGACGACUGAUGAAGACUUCUUUGCUUCUCCUCCUCAUAACAAUAACGGUAGUUUCACCGAUAUUUCUGGUACUAAAGCAUUCAACGAGAACAUGGGAAUAAAGCAAAAUACGGACAUCCCGUUAAAUGGCAGCGGUCAAUCCUCUCAAAAUAUUUUAACAGACAGAGCUGAUGAUGAUGAUGAUAUUGAGGGUUAUCUACAAUGGAUGAAUGGACAAGCCACGAUCCGGUGA